AUGGCUGCUACAAUAAAACAGUUGCCAAUAAGUGACUCUACAGAACGUAAAGCAUUAGAAGUAUGGAAAAAUUUAGGAGGUGGAGAUAGAAGUGCACAAGUCCUAAUCACACAAAUAAAAAAUUAUGAUUCUUUCACUUUCCCUUAUCAUUAUCCAUAUGUAGAGGAAUCAGAAUGUCCAAAAACAUGGUGGAUUUCUUGCAAACAACAACAUCAUCAUUUACAAUGUCUUGCAUUGUAUACUUUAGCAAUUGUUCCUCAUAGUGCAAACUGUGAACAUUUAUUUUCUGUAUUAAGUUGGUUCCUCAAAAACGUUUCUAAUAUGGCUAAAUUACAUUCUUUUUACACCAUGAAUGCAAACAGUGAAUUAAAUUACAUUACUCAAGAAAUGUCAGAGGAACAAUUGAUUAAUGCUUUACAUGAUUAUGAGGAUGGAUUAUUUUCUGGAGAGGAAAUUUUUGAUUUUGAAGAUAGUGAUGAUGACAACAAUAGUGAUGAUGGUGAUGAUGAUAUGCAAGAUAAUAAU